AAAUGAAGAUACUUCGAAAUACAAUAUGAGAUGAAUUGAAAGGAGAGAAUAACUGGAGCGCUUCUCAGAAGGUUAAAUACCUUCCACGAUACCUCAAAAUCAUGUUAUAAUCUUUUUGAUAAGACUUCACGUGUUACAACUUUUGACCUGUAGGAACCUAUUUUGUUUGUUUGUACUGGUUUCAAUAUUUGGUGCUGAUUAACUUGAUUUCCGUCUCUCACAUAACGGUUAUGAACAUGAUAGCUGUACAAUCACAAGAUGAAAGCCGAGUUGAUACUUUCUCAUCAUAGAAAAACUUCUACCCCUCCAUGUUGAUCGCAAGCAUAAAAUGCCAUUAUUCACUGAGGCUCUAUGAUAAUCUGGAAAUGGCAAAAGAGCGCUACAACCCACGAAGAAAUGAUCUAAUGGUUGAGCCAACAAAAGUUUAUGUCAGACCCAUUCAAAGAAACAACUUCGGUUAAUCUCAUAGUAAAUAGGUUAUAAGUAUGGAGUUUGAAUCCCUUGUGGAGUGAUAUUUUAGUUAUCGUAGCGUUCGACUUCCAGCUACUUAACCGCAGGUUCAAAGUCCUCUUUAAAUACUUUGUUUAAACGAUUGAGGAUUAUGGUUGGACAUCGCGCUUACAUGGUGGCUCACACCCAAGCACCUGGGGAAUGAGUUGAGAAGUGGCAGUUAAGAACAGACGACAGAAUAGAUCUAUGUUAAAAUAACAAUUUACUGAAUUCAAACUUUUAUUGGUCUUUACUGCAAUGUUAUUCUGUGAUAGAGAAAUAAUCUUAAACUUUAAUUAACCAUUAUAAACAAAAGUCAAAAUUCAAUUGGUCAAUAUAAUACUCAAAAUCAAUUGGUUCAGUGUCUCAAUUAAAAUGUUAACUAGAUAAUAAGCACCCGAUUCUUCGACGUUUAUUUUUGUUAUUGUUACUGUUGUUACCAUUGUGUUUUAUAAACACAAGGAUUGUAUAAUCAAAUGUUUAUCAAGAAGAAAUCAUCGUUCAGAAUCUACUAUGCAAUUCUGAAAGCAAUCGGAUUAACACUUUGUAUAAUUUUCAUAUUACAUCAAUAUUUCAUGCGUACAACUGUCAAAUAUGUUACCCUACGAAAUCACACUGAAGAAGCAAUUAUUGUACGCAAUAUGGCACAUAUUAACUGUAAACGCACAUGUCGUACUAUUUGUAAGAAUAUUGACAGUAUUCCAUCGAGUAAGGUGAGUGCAUUGAAACCAAUUGGGAAAAUGCCAUUCAAUGGUGAAUUCAAUGAAGAGGUGAACCCAAUCAACGACACAUUUUAUUCACAUGAUCUUGGUGGCGGUUGGAUGUUUAAGGAGGAGACGACGAAUUGCAACAAUGUUCCACAAUCCGGUGUAGCAAUCAUCAUUGUUUGUAGAGAUAGAUGGAAACAACUGAAUAAUACAUUGUCCGCUCUGAUUCCAGUUCUCCAGAGACAACAUUUGUGUUAUCAAAUAUUUGUUAUUGAACAACAGGGUACUGGUAUUUUGAACAAAGCUCAGUUGAUGAACAUUGGUUUUAUUGAAGCACGUAAACGUUUCGAUUUCGACUGUGUUAUAUUUCAUGACGCCGACUUAAUACCAUUGGAUGAUAGAAUACCACAUGGUUGUGAUGAAGAGAUGAUGGAGAGUGUGGUUCAUUUGAGUGUUGGAGUGAGUACAUGGAAUUAUGUUUUAUAUUACCAAUCAUUGAUCGGUGGUGUUUUGAAAAUAUCGACUUCACACUUUAUACAGGUUAAUGGUUAUUCGAAUAGUUAUUGGGGUUGGGGUGGAGAGGACGAUGAUUUGGAGAGGCGACUGAAAGCAUCAAAAAUUAUGUAUAAACACAUUGAAAAGUCAAUAGGCAGAUAUCUGGCUCAACCUCACACUAAACAGGUUCGAGGGAAUAGAAGUUUAGUACUUGAUUCAUUAAAAAAGCUGCCAGUCGUAUGUUCACUGAUGGAUUGAAUUCUGUAAAAUAUAAAGUUUCAGCCUAUUUUGAGAAGCAACACUACACACAUUUUUUAAUUACAUUAAAAUAAGUUUUUUUUUUAAGAUUCAAUUGUCUGUUUUUCUUACCCUUAAAUAUUGUAUAACCUAGUUCUUUACACUGUGAGACAAAACUAUUUUUAUAUUGAAUGAUACUUUCAUUUAAGUAUUGAAGUGAUCAAGAAAGAAAACACUGAUGUAGUCUCAAGUUCAACAUUGUUAUAUACACAGUCAAAUCUGUAUAAUAUUCACAAAUGCACAGAAAAUUACAUCCAUAUGUAGAUAACUUAGUAUCAUUGAUGGAUCGAAUAAAAGAAUUUCUAUUUGCUAUUCAUCAUAGCGAUUUGUACAUCAUUUACUUCUGUUGUCUAUGUGUUUAGUUUUCGGUAUGUACUUUCAAACAAUAUUUCAAUUAAUUACUUAACCAUCUUUUGAAACAUUUAAUUAUAUAUCUAUACCCUAGUUACUUAACAAUUGUCCGAUAAGAAUAUAUGUAAUGAUAACUCAUAUAUAAUUCCCAGUAGUCACCAUUCAUUUAUUCUUCGUUUGCAUGUAACAUAUGUUCAGCAUGAUAUGCAACAUGUGAUUUCUUAUGAUUCUGAAUAGUUUCCAUACACGUGACUUUUCCCUAAUUACUAAUCAGAUGGG